UCAACACGAUUAAAUCACAUUCACACCGAAUUAGACAUUCAGUUGACGCCAUCUAUUAUCUACGUGGGGUAUUCAAGCGAUAAUAACAAACCCAACCUAAUAAAUUUGUAACAUCUGUUAUCUUCGCGUAUGUUCAUUGCGUAACGUAGUGUGAGAAAGAAUGGAAACGUUUAAGCAAUUUUUACCUGAAGAAUAUGGUUUGGAAAAAGAUUUCCGGUUGACUAAGUUCUCCGACUUGCGUGGAUGAGGCUGUAAAGUACCGCAGGAAGUCUUAACGGACUUUUUGGCGGGAAUCAAUACUGAUUCAAAUUUAGUUACAGACACUAAGAUAGGUAUAGGUUUAGAUUCGUGUUUAAUUCCAUUACGUGAUGGUUUAUCAUUAGUUCAAUCCGUCGAUUUUUUUUAUCCCUUAAUUGAUGAUCCUUACAUGAUGGGUAAAAUAACUUGCGCGAACGUUUUAAGUGAUGUAUACGCCACAGGAGUCCACGAAAUUGAUUCUUUAACUAUGUUAAUUUCUGUUUGUGAGCAAAUGUCGGAAAAAGUACGCGAUGUAAUCAUGCCGCUGAUUAUUAAUGGAUUUAAGGAUAAUGCAAAAUCAGUUGGGUUAAAAAUUUCGAUUCAAACAGCUUGGAUUAAUCCUUGGUGUAUAAUUGGGGGCGUUGCGACUUCAGUUUGUACAGAAAAAGAAUACAUAAAUCCUUUAAAUUCGGAAAUUGGUGAUGUGUUGGUUUUAACGAAACCAUUAGGCGCCCAAAUAUCUUGCAACGCAAUGCGUUGGUCGGAAAAUCCCGAGCGAUGGAAAAAAAUCGAAAGCGUUGUGAGUUUAGAAGAAGUUAAAUCAGCUUAUAAUCACGCCAUUUUAUCGAUGGCUCGAUUAAAUAAAAACGCUUCAUUAUUAAUGCACAAAUACAAAGCACAUUGUUCAACUGACGUGACUGGUUUUGGAUUGUUAGGUCACGCGAUGAAUUUGGCUAAACAUCAAAAGAAUCGAGUUAAAUUCGUAAUAAAUACAAUUCCAGUUAUUAAGAAUGUAACAAAAAUCGCUGAAGUAACCGGCACAAAACUGAAAUUUAUGAAGGGACUCACACCGGAAACUUCUGGUGGGUUAUUAGUUUCAAUAUCUAAAGAUGUCGCCGAAGAUUAUAUCGCAGAGUUGAAAAAGCUUGAUGGAUGGGAUGCUUGGGUUAUCGGCGAAGUAGAAAAAGGAGAAAAUACUGCUAUGGUUGUGGAAAAUCCAAAAAUUAUUGAAGUUGAACUCAAUUUAUAAUUCAUUUAUAAUUUAGUGUCUGUAAUUUAAAUUCACUCGAUCUUGAGGAUGACUAAAAUCAAGGAAAGUUCGUUGGAAUUGUUGAUUUUAUGAUAAAAGACGAGUGAAUUAUUAUUUUUUUAAGAUAAAUAAAAAACAUUCCUUAUUUA